AUGCUAAUACUGAAAGCAAGGGCUGCGGUGAGGCCCCGAAACCGGUGCUCAGAGCUGCGUGCACGGGGCUCCUUUCUAGGCGUUACCGGCCGUCCCGUCCCGUCCCGCGCCCGCCCGCUCCCAUCUGCCUCCGCACGCAAACAGCGCGGUGGGGACCGCACGCUCCCGGCGCUGCUGCUGCCGACAGCUGCAGGCGCCGGGCGCCGCUUGCCCAAGUCCCGGGGCCCGCGGCGCUCACCUCAGAUAGCGGCCGGGCGCGGAGCGUCCCUCGGCAGGCAGCCGCUGCGGCCGCCCGGAGGCCGGCGGGGGCUGGGGCUCCCCUGCGGCCAUAGCUGCCCCAGCAACGCGGGCUCCCGGCACUUCCGCGGCUCGCACCGCAACCGGCAGGAAGUCGCCCUCGCACGGGACCGGGCGCCUCAGCCGCGCCCGGCGCGAGAGGGGCGGGGCAAGCCCGGGGCCGCGGCCCCUGCGCCGGGCGAACCGGCCGGCACCGCAGGGAAGGCGCUCCCGGGGCCCGCUGCUCGCCGCCCUCGCAGCUUCCGGCGCACCUGCAACGUCAUCACCGCCCGCCGCCCCGCGGAGCCGUUUCCGCCUGAGCUGCAGCCUCGGGGGCUGCGGCAGCCGCCGCGCUCCGUCCUGCCCGGCCCGGCCCGGCCCUGCCGCGCGGCCUCCUACCGCUGCCCGCACGGCCUGGCUGGGGGCCGCGGCCGGGCGUGCGGCUCUUCACGGCUGCCCGGUGCAGAAGUGCUGGGGCGGGUUGCGCUGAGGCGCUUCCCGCGGGCGGGCAUGGCUGCGGAGGAGUCUCGCUGCCUGCUGGGGGACCCCGCUGCGGACUCCUACACCAGAGUCCAGAACAAGAAGCUGUUCCUGGCCACGUUUGCUGCUGUUCUUGGACCACUUAGCUUUGGCUUUGUGCUAGGCUAUAGCUCACCUGUUAUUCCAGAGCUGAGGAAAAUCAACGAUCCUAAAUUAAGACUGGACAGCGAUCAAGCCUCGUGGUUUGGGUCAGUCGUAACAUUAGGAGCUGCUGCUGGAGGAAUACUAGGAGGCUAUGUUGUGGACAAAGUUGGGAGAAAGCUGAGUCUAAUGCUGUGCUCGAUACCAUAUGUUUUUGGAUAUGUAGUUAUUAUAUCUGCUCAGAAUGUUUGGAUGCUUUAUUUUGGACGAAUACUGACAGGCUUAGCCAGUGGAGUUACUUCACUUGUCGUUCCAUUGUAUAUAUCUGAAGUAUCUCAUCCUAAAGUCCGUGGUAUGCUUGGCUCUUCUGUUCAGUUGAUGGUGGUGAUUGGCAUACUGGGAGCCUAUGUUGCAGGAAUAGCACUAACGUGGCGCUGGCUGGCACUGUUGUGUUCUUUUCCAUCCUGCAUAAUGCUGUUGUUCAUGUCCUUCAUGCCCGAAACACCAAGAUUUCUGCUGAGCCAGAAGAGGCACUCGGAAGCUGUAGCUGCCCUGUGCUUUCUGCGGGGACCACAUGCUGACCACGACAGGGAAUGUAGGCAGAUUGAAGCCAGCGUUCAGGAGGAGGAACUGAAUCUCUCUGAAUUUAAGAACCCCUCAAUCUACAGGCCUCUUCUUAUUGGUGCGGCUCUAAUGUUUUUCCAGCAAGUAACAGGAAUUAAUGCAGUUAUGUUUUAUGCAGCAACUAUCUUUGAAGAUGCUAACUUCAAGGACAGCAGAAUGGCUUCCAUUGUUGUGGGUUCCAUACAAGUAUGUUUCACUGCUGUGGCUGCACUUAUCAUAGAUAAAACUGGACGAAAAGUGCUGCUUUACAUAUCUGGGAUAAUCAUGGCACUCAGUACUGCAUUGUUUGGGCUUUACUUUAAAAUGGUCCUUCCAAAUCAAAACAACUCAUCAAAUCCUGAUGUAUGGCUCACUCUAAAUGCAGCAUCCCCAGGAACAGAAUCCCACAUGUCUUGGCUUGCAGUAGUGAGCCUAGGGCUCUUUGUUGCUGGUUUUGCCCUUGGCUGGGGUCCUGUUCCAUGGCUGGUGAUAUCUGAAAUCUUCCCACUUAAAGCCAGAGGCAUAUCAAGUGGUGCUUGUGUGUUAACAAACUGGGUUAUGGCCUUCCUGGUAACCAAAGAAUUUCAUGAUUCUAUAGGUUUCUUAACACCCUACGGCACGUUCUGGCUUUUCUCUGCCUUCUGCUGCCUUAAUGUAACUUUUACAGCCUUUUAUGUUCCUGAAACAAAAGGACAGACCCUGGAACAAAUUGAGGCCAACUUCAGAAGAUCUUAAGGCUUUUUAUAUUGAUACGAAACCUUCAUAUCAUGAAUUAUGUGGUUGAAACUAAUUGCAUCAUGUGGCAGACAUCUCAGUUAUUAACUUACUAUCAAAUAAUUUUAAUGAAUUUUGUAAAAUCUGA